CCUUUUUUAUUUCUUUCGUAUAGUUUACAUAUUUGGGAAGGCUUUUUGGAAACUGUAGAUAUGUUGAAGCUUCAGAUAUCGAACGCCCAGGACCGAAAAGAAGCUCAGAACAGAGAAAGGAGGAGACAAUGCGAGUUGGAGAGAAGAUCCAGGAUAUUCAAUGCCAGGAACCGAAAAAUUGGUAUUGAUGUGCCAUUUAUUGAUCGGCAAAUAGCAGAAAAACGCGCAGAGCAAGAUGAGCAGAAUAGAAAGAAUUUGGCGUUUGCCCAGCAGAUGAUCAAAGACAGCAACCUCGCUGUCGUGCUUGAGGCAAGAGAGAAAGAGGAACGUCGUCGCAUAGACAUUGAAAUAGAUGGCUACCGCCAGAGAUAUCAACGUAAAGAGGACAGCCGUGAAUUCGACCUCAACAACCCAGAAUUCCUCAAAAUGCAGCUUCCUCCACGAGCAUCUGAUGGCGAUCCGGUGGGCAUGUCCAGUGCACAAAAAUUCGAAGGCGAAGACCUGGAAUACGAGGAGCGCAAGAAGCUAAUGGCUGCACAGAAGAAUGCUUGGCUUGAGCAGCAGGUGCAAGAACGCAAGGCCGCUCAGGAGGAACGCAGACAGGCGGAGGCUGCUUACAUGAUGGCCAUUAAAGCGCGAGACGCACGCGCGGGUGAAUUGGACAAACUGGAGAGGGAGUGCAGAUAUAGACUGGGCCAGGCCAACCUGCGCUACAACGAGGCUUUGGCGACCGAGAAGAAACAGUUGGAACAGAUAGUAAAAGAACAAGAAGAGGCCGACAACACCGCCGAAAUGUACAAUAACCUCACGUCAGAUAUGCUUACGGAGAACCCUGACGUUGCUAAGAGUGCUCUCGGAAAGAAUAGGGCUAUUGGUUUUAUGUACAAGGGGAUGAACCAAGAAGAAUUAAAGAAAUUCUACGCCGCGCAGAAAGAACAAAUGGCUGCUGCCAAGGCAAAACGUGAGGCUGAAGAUAAAAUGGAGGCUGAAUGGCAGGCUCUUGGCAAAUCCAUACAGAACGAAGUGGCUCGACUCGACAUUCAGGACCAACGAAAAAGGAGGGAUAUCGCUCGCCAGCUUAUGGAAGAAAACCAACUUCUGGCGUUACAGCAAAAGGAGAAAGAGAAAUAUUUCAAAGAAGUCGUGUACAACAACACUCCGACCGAUGACUAUUACGCUCAAUUCAAUACUACUACUAGAUAGAUUAAUAUACUUAAUAAAAAUUAUGUAUACAACGUGUAACGGA